CUCCCUCCAUUUUGAAUAGAUCAGUCAGUACAGUAACAAUCACCAAACAUCGGCAUUUUUUAAAGAAAUCGUCCCCCUUCUUUGGAACUAAUUCGAUAUUUUAUUAGAAACUGCGCCAGUUGUGUUGUGUACUCCCACGCUGCAGAAGUGACGAUUACUGAUGCUUAUCCAAAUGAGUUUUAGUUAUCCCGUGAGCCUUGCUGCAUUAUGAGUGCAUUCCGCUUCACCGCCAGAGCAGCCUCUUGAACACCGUGAACAUUUCAUUGCUUGAACCGGUCCUCAACUCAUUUCAUCUCCUAUGAAUGUCGCUGGCGGCUACUUCCUAUAAUAUCUCAUCUUAUUCACUAGCUUGAGUGAUUCUGUACUUAUUUUCAACCAUUUCUUACUCAACUUCCAUUUCCAACAGCCAGUCUCACAAUGAGCGCAGAAGACAAUUCAUGGCGAAGCCCCCCUUUUCGUCAGAAUGUUGUUCAGAAGAUAGAAGAAGCUGUUAGAAGCUCAGGGAUGACGCCAAGCAGAAACAGUUUGGAAAUGGAAAAUCAUGUUUAUCAAAAGGCCAAAACAAAGGAGGAAUACCUAGGUUUUGUUGCACGGCUAAUUCUCCAUGUGCGGGAAAUAGGCUCUAGCAAUCAACCCAGCGGAGGUGUUCCAGGUGUCAAUGGUGGUGCUCUUGGUCCACCGGGACCGGGUCCUGCACAAGUGACUGCAACAAAUUUGUUACAGUCAUUGAACCAAAGACCGGGGCUUCAACCUAAGCUUCCUGUUCAGGGGAUGAAUCAGAUGGGUGGGCCAAUGGGUGUCCCAGUGUCAAAUCAAAUGGGAAUGCCACUUGGUGGAUCUCAAAUCAACACGAGCACGGGUGCCCCAAUAGGGCCGAACAGUAACAUGCCACCCAUGAUGAGUUCCGUUGGAGGACCUGUGAAUCAACUCCCUGGACAGUUAGGAAAUCAGAUGCCUAACCAGAUGGGCAGUGCACCGAUGCCUCCUCAGAUGGGCCCCAUUGUUCCUAAUCAAAUGGGUCAUCUCCAACGCAAAAAUCAGGAAAGUUUAAUUGGUGGGCAACCCUCCGUUUAUGCUGCCCCCAGACCUGUGGCUCCGAACCAAUUUCUGAGGCGAAGUCCAACUUCGCCUACUCAGCAGUCGCCAGUUGGGCUUCCAAACUCAUCACAGAUGCCGUCUUCGCCAGCUCUAGCACCUUCGCCAAACCCUCAGAUUUCACAGAGCAUGCGACCUCUAGGUAUUGCGUCAUCUCCUAGCAAUAGCACUCUCAACACCCCUGGUCAGAUCCAGGCAACACCAUGUCCUUGCAACUCUCAGGAGGAUCAGGCAUACCGAGAUAAAGUGAAACAGUUGAGCAAGUACAUAGAGCCACUGCGCAAAAUGAUAGCCAAACUGGGCGCCGACGAUGAAAAAUUAGCGAAAAUGAAAGUGCUCUUGGAACUUUUAUCUAAUCAAAGUAAAAGAGUGACUCUAGAGACGUUAUUAAAGUGUGAAAUAGCUCUAGAAAAAUUGGAUCUAAAACGAGGAGAUGGCAGCACUGGACCAUCAGUCACAAGAGAACUCCAUCCGUUAAUCGAAUGCAUCAGUAAUCACUGCCAAACAUCGUACAUAAAUCACAGUCUUCAAAGAUCGUUUGCAAUAAGCUAUGAAGCAUUUUACGGAGAAAAUAUGAAAGGCUUACCAUCAUCGUUGAAAAGGAAGAAAGAAGAGGAUCCAUCCAAUGAAGUCCCAGAUGUCAUUCAGGGAGAAAUUGCACGAUUAGACGGUCGAUUCAAGGUCUCUCUCUUGAAAACUCAGGAUGUAAAAUUCGAUCCUCGCGGACUUCAUCUACUGUGUUCGUUGGACGACCAGAAGCUGGCAAAUAUCCCACCAAUCCAGAUCUCUGUCCCUGAUGGCUACCCGCAGAGUGCCCCUGUCUGUCACAUUUCACCGCAAAUGUACGGAACGACGCCAUUCCUCCGAUCCGUUCUUGAAGCUAUGCAGUCGAGAAUCCAUCUUCUACCGUGCACCUAUUCGAUUUCGGAGCUUCUGAACAUGUGGGAAAUGAGCGUGCGCGAGGCUUCUGAGCCUCAGUCGCUUAUGUCAGCCAGCUCAAUGUUCAUUCUUGACAUGUGACAAUGAUGCCCCAAAAAGAAGGAAAAAUUCAACGUCUCCACCUGCCGGAUUUUCGAACCUUCCUUGCAACAAUGCAGCAAACGCACCCGAAAACAACUUUACAAAAGAAAGGAUUUUCAGUCGAAUUUUAGAUGUAAGAUAUGCGCAAGUGGUAAAGCACACGAUCCCAGCACAUCUGAAUUGUCAGAGCGUAAGUCGAUUUUCAACAACGAUUUUGGGAGUGAUAAGCCAAUAGAAACGGGUCCAGAUGAGCGCUUCUUUGAGCUUUCUCAGCAAUCUAGGCUGGAAACGUAAAAGUUGACUGAAAAUGCAAAUCAUCUGAUAGUAGGAGAUGGAAGAACUUUAAGUAACAGUCAAAUGCCUUUUUCACUCAGUGGGGAAUCCUUGUCAGUCCGUAAGUCAGUUUUUGAAUGUCAAUGUUGGCGAUGGAAACAAAGAUACAAUGGGUCCAGAUGGUGAGUGCUUGUGUGAGUUAUCUAUGCAACAAGAAUUGGAGCUGAUAGAACUGGGAUGCUCAGGAAAAAAUCCCAUUUACACGGUAUAUGAAAUAACUUCAUGUGACCAUGAGGUAAAUGUGAGUCCUCCUAAAACACAUCACUCAGGAACAUCUGAAUUGUCAGUCGAUAUCUCAGUUUUAAGCAACAAUGUUGACACGGAAAAGCCAUCAAAAGUGAGUCAGGAUGGGCGCUUUUUUGAGCUUUCUCAGCAACAAAAGCUAAAACUGAUGCGAUCUAGGGAACACAAAUUGAAUAUUCUUUGGAGGGAUGUGGUCGAUAUGCAAUUAAAAAGUCCUUGCUACUAAAGAGGUGUGACGGCUUUUAACCUCACCUUGAGUUGCAACGUUUCAGUCGAAUUUACACGCGCUACAUAAUUAGAAAAUCUACUUAAUUACUCUUCGUACUUGAUCCUUGUCGAAGUUAGCGUCAUCGGCCAUGAGGGGCGAGUUGGUUUUCUUAUCUCGUUUGUUGUUAAACUUGUACUUGGAUACGAUCUUCUGUGACAGUUUUUAUGCCUCUUCUCCUGUUUGGAAGAUUUUAAGCCCAGUUGAUCAGUAGAAUAGUAUAAGUUAAGUUUUUCCACUUUGAAUGGAAAAAAGUGGCAACUGCGCCAGAGCAAAUAAUUGCUCGACAAAGAAUAACAACGCAGUUUGAUCACACCAUGAUUUAUUCGACGAAAUAGGGAUUGCAACUGAUAUAUCAGGAAGUACACGAAAAUGACACAGAGGGAGCUGGGACCUAACAAAAGGAUCGGAGAGACAACGAUUAAAGUUAGGAGCGGGUGACAAUCAAUUUAUAUCAAAGUUUCUCUGGGGCUGUGUGCGUCAUUGGAACCAGCGAGGGGAGCAAAAGUGCUGAAUUAUCUUUUGAUUGCCAUCAUGGAAAAAAGGGUCUAAAUUAGUAACGCUAAGCAAUUUUGCAUGUUUUCCAAAAUUUGAUCCUCGAUCUGUAACAUAGACUUUGACCUGUAAACCUAUUUCCGCAAGCUUCUUAAUAGCCAUUUCGGCUAUUUCUUUUGACUGGUAAGCUGAGAAAGCAUCGCUAACAAAGGAAAAAGCUAGUGGUUGUUUCCAUUUCUGCUUGAUCCCAGAGGUCAUCAAGACUAGUGCAUGGGUUGCAGUUCGAAAACUUUUGAUUAUGCCUAUAUCAUGAAAGCCUACAAUUUCGUCUUUAGUAUGAUUAUAAAAUACAUUUGACUGUAAACUUAUUUCAUCAGCGCCCUAAACGCACCUACGCUCAUCUUGUGGCAUGGCAGCAACUUCUGUUUCGAGGGCAGCAAAAAUGUUCUCGUUAAAUCCUGGCUUGAUUUUUCAUUUCUGUGUCAUCCUGCGUAGACAGCAGACCGAGAGCAAAGUCACGAUUUGCUUUUAAAGUCUCUAUGAUUUCGGACUCAUAUAUAAGAUUGCCAAUGCAAACUUCUUCAAUUGCGUAGAAUACCUAAGGCCUUUUGCUUUUUUUAUCCUUUGGUUUCUGAUCGUUCCGCAUAAAAAGCCGUGCUUGCUCUUGGACUAAUGCAGAAAAAGGUUUAGGUAGAAUCUUGUCGCAAAGAGAAUCAAACUGGGCUAGAUCUUUUCUUGAUUUUUUUGCUGCACUUUCCAGUUUGAGGAUUCUCUUGUUUCUGUAUUUUAUUUGACGUCUAUUUGUUACAUUUUCCUGUCUCAAUUUUUUCUUACCAGGAGUGUUUGAUGAUAGAGAUUCCUCUGUCUGCCUUGCAGCGUCGCAAAAUUUUUCUCGGAACAUGGAGUGGCUACAAAGCCACUGUCACUGUCACUAUUGGGAGAAGACAAAACUGAUGAUGAUGUAGCAUUACUAUCAAGUGAAGAGGGAGAACAGCUGUUUGGGAGGGUUGAAUUUUUUCGGACUUCGACGGAUGGAUGAUCAGCAUCAUUAUUGCUGGAUGAAGACGGAGUGCUGGUAUGGUCCAAGUGGUUCAGCUUCUUUGACGUGAACAAUGUACAUUAAAUGAUAGUUUUCUUUUACUCAAGAUUAUGCAACUAAAGGGGAAAGGAUUAUUAAGAGCAGUUGAUGAAAGGUGGGGAGUAAAUGAUGAAUCACAGUUGAUAUCUCCAUCAAUAGAUAUGUGCUGCUCUCUGGAGUAUACUUGCCCAUCAAGAACUACUUCUGAGCUGACUCAGUUGUCCAUUGGGCUGAUAUUCAAAGAAAUAGAAGGAGUGGUAGACUUACGGUCAAUAUCUGCUCCAAUCAAUGUGUCCUGCCUGCUGACAAAUAUUUGUGCUUCGUUGUUGGUUUCCGCAUUGGCUAGGUUGCUUGAAGGACUUGUUUGUAGCAAGAUUGAAGGGGUGGUUCUUUAGAUAGAAGAAAAGGACGUCGAUUGAUUAUGAAAGAAUUUUGUUGGGAUGGCAUCGGAGUUGAGGCGUAUAUUCCCCAAUCUCUCACAUGUAAGAAACAUGGACUCAUCAAAAUGCUUGCUGCAUAUUUUGCAAUUGUUGUAUGGGUUAAGCUGAGGUUUAAGUCUUAGAUUGUACCGUUUGGUUUUUUCUAUUCAUGUAGAGAGUCUGAAACAGGACAACAUACAUACUGUUAAACAAUAUGCCCAGUCUGACAAUUUUAAAGGAAGGAAGAUGGUCACUUUGAAAAAAAAAAAUUAAAGAGAGCCAAUUCCUGCAAAGAACUAAAUCCCAAAUGGUCUAAUAUUUUUUCUGAUUCUUAUCCCAUGCUCUAAGUUUCCCGAAUGUACCACAAACCAUAUAUAAUACCCACAAUACCACUGAAUCCUGUAUUUACCACCGACAGCGGGAGAUAUUUAGGAGAGAUCCGACAGGGUUGGGACACUCUUUUUUGGAUGCUUUUAGGAAGCUCAAAAGCCAUUUUUUUUAAAAAAAAAUGUCAAGCACGUACAUUCUGAGUUAAGACCAAAAGUUAACUAUUAUUUAAGGUUUUUUAAAAAUUGAUUAAAAACUAAACCUUCAGGAAUGUUUUUUUUUUUUUUUUUAAAUUCCAAGUGUCCCAACCCUAACACCCCUGUUAGGGUUGGAACAGACAUUAGAGAGGGUUGGGAUAUGACACCAUUAACCACAGGUUAAAGAUUUAAACAACUGUAUUAUCUUUAAGAAACAAGUCAUAAUGAAUUUAAAGAAAGAAAAGAGAAAAUACGGAGUAAGUAAGAGUAAUAAAUUGUACAAAAGGUAUGAAAGUAACGUAUAAAAACUAAAAAAAAAAAAACUUAGGUUUUUUUUAAUAAAAAUUUUGGUUUUCAGCCUUUCCCUUUACUUAAUAGUAAAAACAUUGGACAGUUUAUGAGAGUAAACUUGUGCCUAGAUACCUACCUAUCGAAUAAUAGAAAAUAAGAUAGGAACAAUUUUUCAUUUUGGAAAAAUUAAGAGGAACAACAUUUUUUGAAAAAUUGGAGGUUUUUUGGAAAAAUUGAGAGCAUUUAGCUCGGUGCAAACUAUUACCAAAAUAGUCAAGUAUUUACCUACUUUAUUCACUAAUAGUCAUGGAAACUCUUCACCAUACCUACUUUAUCCUGUACUAGGUACACUAAAUAAAGAAAUGAAAAAAGUUAAGGCAGCACCUAGGUAUUAAAUUACCUAAUUUCUAAUUAAUUUUAAUAAGCAGGUAGGUAAUAUCGUUUGUUACACACAUAAUGCUCUUUAAGUUUGGUAACUAUUUUGAAAAAAGGCCGUAGAUACCUAGGUAACUAUGUCUUUGGAAGGUAAGCCAUACCUACCUAAUUUCCUAGGACUAACCUAACGCCGAAACCAAUUUAACCCACGUCUAGCUCGGAGAAAUUGAGAAUAAUUAUGAGAAUAAUUUUAUUCUCUUCACAAAAUUUGCGAAGUUGAUAGGUCACGAGGGACUUGUGGCCAUCAACAAAAAAUAAUUCUGGCUCUUUGAUGCCAUGUUUCUCUACCCAGUCAUUAAAAAUAUUGACCAUGAAUUCAUAGAAUCCUUUGGCUGUCAUCCAGCCGCUGUCGGCGACACCAGCACCCCAAUCUGAGGGGACUGACUCAAGAAUGGUUUUAGGAACCCGAACAUAUUUGAAGAUUACUGUGGGAGGGAGGAUUUCCCCAGCAGCAUUGAUGGUCAUUCGGACAGUCAAGCACUCCUUUUCAUUGGUGCUUACCAAAUUGUAAACAUCUUUCAUGCCCCUUUCGCAUAGGACUUUGGUGCUUUUGGGAUUGACAAAAAAGGCAGCUUUAUCGGCGUUGAACACUCGUUCAGGAUCUUAUGAUUUACGUCGAAUAGACACGGGUGCCCUUUGUAGGCCAUGAUUAAUCCUAGGAUAUGUUCAGGAGGCCACUUCUUGGCCGCUGUAGUUUAAGUUGAAUCAUUAUUUUGAGAGGAGUCGUCACGGUUCCUCUUGUUGGUCGUUUUUUUAGGUUGAAGAGCAUUAGCAUUUGGUUGGGUACUUGCCUUUCUCACGACAUUCAAUAUUACUUUUCCUGGUGGCAGUGCACUUUCAUCAUUAUUAUUAUGAUGGACGAAAACUACUCGCGGACGAUCUUGUUGGUCUUGCAGUCGGUCCAUCAUUAUUGUGAGAGUAAAAUAUAGUACAGAAGAUUUAAAAGCUCGCGACAAAAUCAACUCAGAAAAAAUUCAGUAAUACCUACGCCAUAAUCGCCAUAUUGGAAAUGCGAAUAAGGCGGUAGAUGGUGAAACCCACUUUGAACAGAAUAGUGCGGCCCGUCAAAAUUUGAUGGUAGAUGGUGACGAACAGUCAUCAGGUGGUCUACUUUGAUCCAAAUUUGAUCGUAUAUCCAGGCCUUCAGAGACGGGCGAAAGAUACUGAGCGCGCGACGGGUCACAUAAUGAGCCUCCACCCGAAAUACGGAACUAGUGGCUUUUGGAGGGUUCCCAAAGGCCCAUUGGCAAAACAACUAAAACAUGUCUUCAGUUUUACAUUAACUACCAUUUAAAUCCAAGGCAUAGCCAUCGUGAUUCCUCCUUGUAAGUAUUCUUACUUGAAUAUUUUGUCAUUAAAUUUACAAACUCAUGCAUAUUUUUGAAUUUAGAGAUUUUGAAUGAACGUACCUGAAGCUCCUGAAUCGUACGUUGCACUAAAGCUGAUACUCCUAAAUUUCCAAUCAUGUGAUAAAUUUUCAUUUUUAACUUUUAUGUUAAUAUAUUUUUCCAAGUUUUCAUUUGUAAUUUUUAUGUUGAUGUAUUUUUCCAAUUAAACUUUUUCCCCCUUAAAA